AAACUAGAUGACCCUGAAAAGGCUUACAGUUCACAGUUUACAGAUAAGAUAAGACAAAGGCACAUAUUAGCAAGGAAUUAUUUCACACAGUUAGAUCUACCAGGAAUGAUGGAGGAAAUGUCAACUAAAGUUAAAGAACUACCUCUACCUCGUCCUAAAGAAAGAAUCAUUGUAGUUAGGCAACACCCACAGGAACAGCAACAGCAAUUAACUGUAAGAUAUGCUAUAUAACUAUAAACAAUAAUAUUGUUUGAGGUGUGGGAUGUUGUGCUCAAUGAAUUAUUGUACAUAUCAUGUUGUGCAUAAAUAGUAGGUACAAUUAUACUGUACUACUUAAGUUAUCAAAAUUGAAUUAUCUGUAUAGUAGACUGCCUUUAUAAAUGAUGCGUGUAACAUAAUAGUGAUCAUUAGUUGUGGGAGCAACUGAGGAAGUAUAGAAUGCACCCAGUGCUCCUUACUAUUUUCUUCUCGUUGAGUGUCAGUGAAGUUAUUAGAUCUAGUCAAUCUUGUCCACCUUCCUCAGGUAUCUACCUGAGGCAUAAUGGAGCCUGUUAUACUAAUGGAUCAUAUUUUUAUGAUAAUGACAUUAAAGGAGCCAGUAAUAGUACCCAGUGUGUGUUACCUGAUACUGCUCUGAAUGGUGGAGAGUGGGUUACUUCUAGUGGAUCAUCAGUUAACUGUAGUACUAAUCCUCUUCGUUGUAAUGAAGUAUCUUCACCUAAUGCUAACAUCAGUCUUUACAUUAAUGGAGGCAUUACAUCAUCUGAUGAUGGCUGGUACAAGUGUUGUCUACCCACUAGUUGUUCAGGUCCUAACACUAACAUCAUCUUUGCUAAUAUAUUCAGAUGGGCACAGAUUGAAACCAUCACAGUUGACCUUCCUUCAGAUAAAACAGUUCUACCUCAAACAUAUACACUACAUGCCAUUAAAAUUGGUCAUGAUGAUCACAGUUCUUUCUUACGUGCUGUCAAGUGGUACUAUGAGUCUGGUAGUGAUAGUACUGAACUCUGCAGUGUAACACACCAACAAACAUACAGUUGUUCUAUUGGUAAUGGAAUGUCUUUAAACAAAGGUAAUGGAAGGUGGGACUAUACUCUAACAGUUAAAUGGAAUGGAGAAAUUAUUACUGAUGGAGUAUUGAGUCAAUCAAACAACAAUGGGGAUCAUGUAUUUCGAUUCUAUUUGUAUUUUGGUCAUCUUGGUGUCAUUGCCAAUCGAGUAACAAGAAAUAGAAACAUUUUUGUAACAGGUAAGUAG